AUGACUGGAGUCGCUCCAAAAGAUAAAAAAGGAGAAAAUAAAAACCAUCCUAGAAAAUUUGAUGCUCACGUUCUUGCAGCAAUAUACGAACAUAUAAAGUCAUUUAAAGGCAGGAAAAGCCACUACAGUGUGAAGGAUAGUUUGAUACCCAUCACGGCUAAAAAAUUUAAACACCUACAAGAUUUAAAACGAUUCUGUGGUGACGAAGCAAAACAAUUUUUCGAUAACCUGCCCAAGAACUAGAAGUAUAUUUUAUAUUAAUAACUAUUGUCUACUUUUCGGUAUACCUUGUUUUUUUUUGGACUUGGCCCCUUUAGGCCAACAAUGUUUGAUGGUUUGACCAAUUAAUGCUUAUGUUCUACUUUGUAUAAAUGACAAUAUAAGUUUAAUUUCUUGUGUGUGUCUCAAUAAUUACCCAAAUAACUAAUCUAA